AUGAAAACAGAAUCUGCGGUUCAAGGGUGUUGUCAUGAUUGAAAAAAUAUAGGAUUUUUCUCGAUUUUUAGCCUCGAAAAAUCUGAAACCGCAGAACUUAAAGAGCCUCAAGAGAACAUCAGGACUUAGGUGCCUGUYGAUCAUCAGGCAAUGAUGUUUGUUCGGAUAGCCGUGCCAACGCUUAUGCUUCUCUGCAUAGUAGAUUGUAAGGUAUUUCCAGACGUACCAGACAAUGUACAGCUUCGAAAAGAUUCAGACAUAAACUUAAUGAAAGUUCUAGAAAGUAUAGCUCCAGUGGCAGCAGAAGAAGAUGCAUCAGUUGCCCCAUCAGUAGAUAACAUUGAAAGAUUUAGAAGAAGAGUUGAGCCAAGUAAUGGACAGAGUAACGAGACGGCUCCAGCUCAGCCUGCUAAUGUGAAUACACAAUCAGGAGAAGCUGAAGUGAAGAGUGAGCAGAGUGCGGAGGCUAUUCCAGCAAGUGAUAAACAGGCAGAAACUGAGGCCAACAAUAAACAAAACACGCAAGGAGAAGCUGAUGCAAAGAGUGCAAAAAGCGAGGAUGCUGAAAGUGAAAGUGCUUCAGGCUCUGGACUUCAGGCAGAAACUGAAAGUGAUAACAUUGCAGCUGCYAUGAUGCAGCAAUCAGAUGCGGCUCCCAACCAUGAUCCUCGCCAUCCACCACUCUCAAAAGUCGAGGGCAACGAGCCAGUCAAAGUGCCACAUCCAUUAACGCCCCCGUAUGUACCACAACCCCCUGCUCCUCCUCCACCACAGCCACCAGCUCCACCACCGUCUCCACCAGUCAUGGUAGUUACGACCAUCAAGCCAGUACCCGAAAUGAUUCACUAUCACAAUGAUAGUCUUGGCAAAAGUCGUUACUCCAUGCCAAGCUUGGGGAAUCCAAAAUUAACUAAAGACACUGGCUCAGGUGAAAGUUCUGGCACAAUCAAAACUCAAGAAAUGAGUGCUGAUGAGGCUGCAUUUGUCUCUGCUCUUCAUAACAAUAACGAAGCUGUUGCAGAGACUCCAAACUCUGCCUCACUUCCUGGUAGCGAGGGUGCUAUCCAAGAGAAAAUAGACGAUACUAGUGGAGAUGACCAGGAAGCGUCCUCAUCAGGCGAUAGUUCUGAAGACGUUUCUGCCAAAGAAAAUGAUUCAAUUGAUGAUAGUGGUAGUGCUUCUGGUGGUGAAUCCAUUUCAGAAUCUGUCUCUGAUGAUGGCUCUCAAUCAUCAGCUUCGGGAGCCAUAAACAGUGAAAUUGAAGUACAGAGUUCCUCUGGAGCCAACUUUCUUUCUGGUGACAAAGAAGAAUCGGGAGAUUCUCAAGAUGAAUCCGAAGAAGAUCAGCUGCCAGGGAAUACUGGUUCUAUAAAGGAUAUCGAGAAGAUCGAAAAGAAGGCCCUGAAAACAGCUGAUGCUGGCGAAACCGAGAAACCAGUACAACAAGCAGUCGAAGCUAAGAAAGAAGAUAAGCAGCUUCAGCAGUCUACGGCUGAUGCUCCACAAAAGUCUGAAAUUAAAACCAAAGAGGUUGAAAUUACACCUUCAGGGUCUGGAAUGCCACCAGCUGUUGUCACUUCCCAUAUAUUUGGUGAAUCAACUGACAAUGAUGACACUUCAGGCGACAUUCAAGUAUCUGCCUCAGGACAGCUAACUGAUCAUAUUACACAGCCUUUCCACGAUCCUAGUGUUAUAAAAGAAGAACAUGCUUGGCCAAGACAUCCAACUGUAAAAACUACUCAAGAACAGGUUUCUGAACCAGCAAAGGUUGUAGUGAAUGGUGAAGGCUCUGGUAAAGACCAAGAAUCAAGCAUCUUGAGUUCUAUAGCGGACAGUGAAUCGGGUACCGAAACUGGAUCCGGAUCAGGAUCUGGUACUGAUGAACUCUUCCAGUCUGAUUCUGGAGAACAGCUGCCCGGAAGUGUAGGUGCCAUGGGUCCGAACCUGAUGACCAUGAAUAACUUAGCUGCAUCAGGAGACAACAGCGAUGCCUCUGAAUCAUCUGCAUCUGGAUCCGGCUCUGCUGAAACCGUUACCAGCUCUAACUACAAAAAGGACAAUAUUGCAAAAGUUGCUGGGUCUGCUGUAACAGAAAGUAAGACAGAAGCAUCCGGCAUGGAUCUGGGCUUCCCAGAAGGAGCUUCUGGAUCGGGAGAGGAAAUCCUUCCUGGAGGAGUUGGUAAUAAUGAUAAAAAUGAAGUGCAGCCUAUAACCGGCUCUGGCGAAGAAAUUACAUCUGGAUUUUCUUCUACUUCAGAUUCUGGAUCGGGAUCAGAGACGACUGAAACUGUGACUUCAACCAAAAACGUAAAUGUCGAAUCACAAAGGUCAUCCGAUUCAGGCUCUGGAUCUGGUUUGAAAUUCGGCUUGAGUCAUGACAGUAAAGAUGAGGAAAACACUAAUAAAGUGUCCGCAGCACGAAAUACCGUUCUUCCUACGAGGUCUGCAUUAGACGGGGCACCUUUGAAGCCAACGAAAACUCUUCCCGGAAGUUUGGGUGUUGAGGAUUCUAUCUCUGCUUCCGGUUCUGGAAUAUCAGAAGGAUCAUCUUCCAUCGAAACUGGUGAUGCUUCUGGAGCAGGUACUGUUGAAGACCAAGAAAUGCUACCACAAUACAAGAAGAACCAAUUGACCGAAGAAUCUGUAGCUCAGACUUCUGGACAGGAUACCGCUCAAGACGUCGCUGAAGAGGGAUCUGGUGUGGCUACAAUUCAAACGAUGUCCGGAGAAACCGAACCUGUGACAGUCAAGAUGCCAACACUUAAUCUUGAUAAAGAAUCUGCAAUUAAAGCUGCUUUGGGAAGUGUAGGGCUUAGCGAUGUUCCUGUAGCUUUAGGCUCGGGAGUAGGAUCGGGAUUUGAGGUCGAGGGGUCAUCUGAUGCAGUUGAAGGUUCGGGUGUUAGUGGUACAUUAGAGUUUACUCCAGUUACCAAUCCAGAGGAAGCUGUUCUUAACGUUGCAGGCAAUGCAGCGAAAAGUGAAGGAGAAUCUCCUAAAAACGAAUUAGAGGGAUCCGCUAAGACACACAGCUCGGGAGAAAACAGGCACGAUAUCCCAAGUUCAGAUAACCUUAAUGACGAGCCUGAACCAGACGUAGAAGUCGAAGAAGAGAAGGAGGGUGAUGAUGCUUGGCCUAAACUUGGUGACACCGUCGACCAGCAGAUGCUUGACAGCUUCAUGAUCAGUCAGAUUCUUGAACAAAAUCUGACCUUGUUUUACGGAGGACUUUCGGGUCGAUCAGGACCGGUAGGACCACCCGGGCCUCCAGGAGAUGUCGGACAACGGGGCUUAACUGGUGACCCAGGACCUCCAGGCGCGGCUGGAGAUAUUGGAGCACCAGGGGCUGAUGGUUCCUCAGGUGUGAAAGGUCCACCCGGACCUCCAGGACCUAUGGGAUAUAAAGGACAAAGAGGACCACCCGGUCCACCGGGGAGAGCUGGAAGUCCGGGAUCCCCUGGCAUACCUGGUAUUAUGGGAUAUUUAGGACCUCCAGGACCUGACGCAAUAAUGCCGAAUUGCUCCUACGUAUGUGAGGGAGAAAGAACGUGGCUUCAAUGCAAACAGUACGAAAUGCUCAAAAUAAACCGCGUAUUCUGGGGCCGUGAGGACAACCAAAUUUGCCCCAACGCACCUGUUGGCUUGACAGUCGACAAUCCAUGCGAAACUGACCCAGAACAAGCAAUGAAGAAGGUUAACGGCCAAUGCCGAAACCAACAAGCCUGUGAGAUCGUAGCCUCUAAUGUAUUCUUCGAUGAACCGAGCUGUAAGAAUACCUAUAAGUAUUUGAAACUCUGCUACGAAUGUGUCCCUGAUCAAGCAAAUGCUAUAGACGUCUUAACAGAAGCUGGAAAGAGAAAGAAGAGAGGAACGAAACUGGAAAGUCUUAUUUCAAAGAUGAGAGCAAAGGAAGAAAAAAGAAUUAUGGAUGAGUUAUGGAGACAUCCAUUCCGGGGAAGAGCCUUUUAAGAACAAUGACAUUUGCUUCGCACAAUUGGAAGACGUUGUUUAUAAUAUGGAAUACACACACAUAAAGCUUUGUAAAUAACUGGAAAGAGACGUAGUUCUAUUCCAAUACGAAGAUGUUUUCUUGACCAGCAUUUUGUGUCGGGAUAUUAUGGGUUUACUUAGAAUAAUUUCUUACAGAAAAAUAGUUCGACGAUAUUCAACGACAAACUAAGUAGUUCGACAAAAUAGGCUUUAUUUCGUAUGGAACUAUAAACGUUCCAGAAAAUUAAAUCUAGGAAUUUGUGAAAUUAGAAAUUCCAUGAGCAAUAUGCUUUGAAUUGAUUCCGAAAUUAGUUCAGUUGAGCCGGGAAACAGGUUUUUUAUGCGUGGGAAGUGUUAUGACUUCCACGCUGUAGAUUUCGUUUGUGGGGAAAAAAUGACACGGAUAUGGGACAGUAUUGUUAACAACCGCUGACCGUUUACAGCGUCAAACUCAGGGCGCAAGUCGUCCUGUGCAUUAUCUCUCAAAAUGAAUCUCCUCCACCACAUUYUGUUUGUUGCGCGAGAAAAUAUCCUUGAUUAGAUAUUUAAAUAUAUUGUCCGUUAGGGCAGCUACUACUGCAUUCAAACUCACUCUUAAGUGAGUAAUGUUACAGAAAUAUAAAYACAUAGGAAUAAAUAGAAAGCUGUGAUUAAACACAGUUAAUUAACAUAAAGAGAAAAUUUCUCAAAUAUACGUAAAUAGGAUUAACGAGAAUCCUGAUGCAUCUUCAAUAAUCUGUUUAUUUGUAAAUAAGUUUCGUGUUAGUGACGUCAUUGUUAAGUCAUUAAUAAGUUGAGUGAGAAGUGUUGGUCACGUGAUAUGUAACUAUGGAAACAGUUCCUUAUUAUGGUUUGUGAACGAGGGUAUUCGUAUCGACGAAUUUCUUAGAAUAAAGGUUUUCUAAGUCUG